AGAUAGCUCACCUCCUCCCUUCUCUUCCGCCGUGUCAACCCUCUAUCUCGUGGCGGCGCCGCCCAAAUUCCGCUGGCAACCCCCUAGUCAAAACAGUCUCCAACAAAAUAAAAAAAAGGCCACCUCCACAAAUCAAGGUUUGUUUGGAUUGAGUCAUCAAGCAACGCAUACGAAAAGGGGGAUACAGCGCUACGAAUUGGAAAACAUGAUAGGAAUAUUGAAGCUGAGACGAUUCCCAAACUAUAUUUUUGCAGUUCCAAUGGCUGUCUCACCCUCAGAAGCAGCCCCUCGAGUUUUGCCUGGGGCGGUGCCAUUCCAGGUCUUUAGAAAUUUGAGAUCAGCUUCACGGCUUUCCUUUAAGUAUGGUAGCCAAAAUGAUAGAUCCGUAUCACAAAAGAACCAGGGCAAUUGCUUAAAUUCUUUGCGUUGCAAUUGCAUCGGGAGAGAAAGUGCUCGAGAGACUUCUAGAGAGGACAUAAGUAAAAGGUUGGUUAAUGAUAUAGCCAAGGAUCUUGAUGAUCAAAGGCUUGAAGCAGCACAACAUUUGAAACAUGAGAAGGAAGGUCCUCGGCAUGGUGAUGAAUUGGCAUCUGAUACAGCAGUUGGCCAAACUAUUAGUAGAACGGAUGCAAAUUCUUUGGAGGAAGAAGCGUGGAAUCUAUUGCGAGCAUCAAUGGUGUAUUAUUGUGGCAGUCCAGUCGGGACCAUUGCUGCAAAUGAUCCAAGUGACUCGAAUAUGCUUAACUACGAUCAAGUGUUUAUACGUGAUUUUGUACCUUCGGGGAUUGCUUUCCUGUUGAAUGGAGAAUAUGAAAUUGUUAGGAACUUCAUCCUUCACACGCUUCAGCUGCAGAGUUGGGAGAAAACUAUAGAUUGCCAUAGUCCUGGACAAGGACUAAUGCCAGCAAGUUUUAAAGUACGUGUUGUGCCACUAGAUGGUGAUGAUUCUGCAACUGAAGAGGUGUUAGAUCCCGACUUUGGAGAGGCUGCAAUUGGUCGGGUGGCGCCAGUUGAUUCUGGUUUAUGGUGGAUCAUAUUGUUACGUGCAUAUGGAAAAAGUUCAGGAGACCUUUCUGUCCAGCAAAGGAUUGAUGUACAGACUGGCAUUAAGAUGAUUUUAAAGCUUUGUUUGGCAGAUGGUUUCGAUAUGUUUCCAACCUUGUUAGUAACAGAUGGAUCUUGCAUGAUAGAUCGCCGCAUGGGAAUCCAUGGCCACCCACUCGAAAUUCAGGCAUUAUUCUAUUCUGCUCUGCUUUGUGCACGUGAAAUGCUUGCUCCUGAGGAAGCUUCUGCAGACCUCACGAUGGCACUGAACAACCGGUUAGUUGCUUUAUCAAUUCACAUCCGGGAGUACUACUGGAUUGAUAUGAAGAAACUGAAUGAAAUUUAUCGAUACAAGACAGAAGAGUACUCGUUUGAUGCAAUCAACAAGUUCAACAUCUACCCAGAUCAAAUUUCUCCCUGGCUUGUGGACUGGAUGCCCCAAAGAGGAGGCUAUCUUAUUGGAAACCUGCAGCCGGCACAUAUGGACUUCCGAUUCUUCUCACUUGGAAAUCUAUGGGCUAUAGCAUGCAGCCUUGCCACCACUCAGCAGUCACAUGCUAUAUUGGAUCUUAUUGAAGCCAAAUGGUCUGAUCUUGUUAGCAACAUGCCGUUGAAAAUUUGUUACCCAGCGUUAGAGGGUCAGGAAUGGAGCAUAAUCACAGGAAGUGAUCCAAAGAACACGCCUUGGUCUUACCACAAUGGAGGUUCGUGGCCUACAUUGCUCUGGCAGCUGACAGUGGCAUGUUUAAAAAUGAAUAGACCAGAGAUUGCUGAAAAUGCAAUCAAGAUUGCUGAAAAACGCCUGGCAAAGGAUAAGUGGCCAGAGUACUACGACACCAAGGGAGCAAGAUUCAUAGGGAAACAGGCGCGACUGUUCCAGAGCUGGUCUAUUGCAGGUUAUCUGGUGGCAAAACUCCUCAUGAAAAACCCAAGUGCUGCUAACAUUCUAGUGAGUGUUGAAGAUGCAGAGCUUUUGAAUGUCUUCUCUUGUGCACUGAAUGCUAAUCCAAGGGGAAAACGUCGAAAGGGACCCAAACAGAGCUUUAUCAUAUGACUUGCUGCUAUAUAAUCCCGAGUAUCUUUCCACUUGUGGUUGCAGAUUUUGAAGCCGGCAACAAAUCUCAUCAAGUUUUUUCAUGAGUUGCCCCUCAAAUUCUUGUGUCGAAUUCUAAAGUCACUGUACAUCAAAUAAGCCCUGAUAUGUAUAUGAAUAUUAAAGUGACAAUCUGACUUGCUAUAUCCUAUCAACAUAUUUUUUACAAAUGAAAAUACAGUAUAAAAUUUCACUUCCAA